AAAUAUGCAGUCAAAUAGUCCAAUACUCAUUUCAGUUUCAGUUGGGGGUUCUCUCACUCUCAAGCUCAACCAUGGCUUCCCCAGCACCGCCAAGCUCAGGCACAGGCACAGGCGUCCAAAACCCUAAGAAAUCGCUGGGUUUAUUUGCAAACGCAAUGAAGCGCAAAGACAGCUUCAUUCAGUUCGCCGCCAUGGCGGGAAUUUUGCUCUUGAGCGCCAGAUCGCUGGGCCAGAAGUACCGCAUCAAGGACCUCGAGGAGGACACGUCAGCUCUCAGGGAGGAGCAACAAUCCGUAACCGAGCGCAUGAACAACAUCAAGCAAUCUCUCCUCCACGAGGCCUCUCUGGACUGCACCGGCCGCUUUGCCGCCAGGCUUCGCCUUCUCUUCUCCGAUCAAGACUGAUCGGAACCGAAAUAGCGAUUGUACUGUGAGUUUCGGAUUUUGUUGAUUUUUGAUUCGUUUUGAGUUUAGGGUUUUUACUCCUUAGAGUUCAGUGAAAUGUCCUACAGAUGAUAUAUAACUAUUUGGAGUCUAAAAACCAUGAAUUUAAAGGCUUUUAGGGUUUCUAAAAUUUUUCUCCCAUAAUCUGAGUUAGCUUCUAAAAACGAAAAAGUUUGUGUGUGAUUUGGGUGAGAGAGUAGGCUCUUUUUUUUUUUUUUUCUUCUUUUUUCUUCCUUUUUUUUUUUUGUCUUCUAUUUUAGAAUAUGUUAUAAUGUAGAAUCUUUGUCAUUUGAUGUUUGGUUUAGGGUGUUAUUAAUUCUCUAAGAAGAUUAUUGGGAUA